AUAUAAUGAGCUUCCCGAGCUUUCUCUUCGUCGAUUGAAUACUAGGUACUAAGAUUACUGUUAUUUCAGUUAGGCAUGACGCGCAACGGUUCAUCUUAACAUCUUUUCACUACUUUACUCGUAGUAGACAACUUCCACAAGUCAAACAAAACGCUCGGGGCAAUUGCUUUGAAAGAAAUACUAUAGGAAGGCCACGACGUGCAAGACGUCAAUAUGGUUGAGAAAAAGGAGGGGUCAGAGCCAGAGCUCUCCGACACUCACGAUAAUAGCAUCGAGGAGAAUAAUCUCAUUCCGGCUCAGGCUCGUCGGAAAUGGGGCGUGUUUCCAGCUCCCCCAACAGAGGAGCCGGGUCCUCCACCCGACGGUGGUAUCCGGGCCUGGCUUCAGGUUCUGGCUGGACACUUGAUGUGCUUCGUUACUUGGGGUUUGAUCACUAGCUUCGGUAUCUUCCAAUCCACCUACGAGGAGAUGCUUCAGGCUGCGCCGUCGACGGUGUCGUGGAUUGGGACGGUACAGAUAUUUAUGCUACUGUUGGUCGGAACUCUCUCAGGGCGUGCGAGUGACGCGGGCCUCGUACACGAAGCUGUCCUAGCAGGGACCCUGUUGAUCGUCUUUGGCACGUUCAUGACUAGUUUGGCCACGCAGUACUACCAACUCCUUCUCGCGCAGGGAAUCUGCAUCGGACUUGGUAUGGGCAUCCUGUAUAUGCCUGGCCUCUCGGUGCCAUCGUCGUAUUUCAAGGCGAAAAAACCUCUCGCCGUCGCUAUUAUCGCAUCAGGAGCAGGUUCCGGCGGGCUUGUCUAUCCAGCAAUGGCCCAACAACUGCUUCCUCUUGUCGGAUUCGGCUGGACGAUUCGCAGCAUGGCCUUCGUAACCCUUUUCGUCUGCAUCCUCAUCAACCUUCUCCUUCGCGUGCGUGUCCCAGCCCGCAAAUCCGGACCUCUUGCCGACCUCCACGCCUUCACGGAGCUGCCCUACAUCUUCUUCGUCAUCGGCUUCUUCCUCGUUUACUGGGCAGUCUACUUCGCCUUCUACUACGUAUGUAUCUCCCCGCCAUCCCAUAUUGUCGUAUCCCUAACCACAAAUCACCAGAUCGAUCUCUACGGCUACACUUACGCCUCAUUCACCUCACUCGAUUCUAUCAACAUCUUAUUAAUCACCAACGGUCUCGGUAUCCCCGGGCGCGUCCUACCAGGCUUCAUCGCCGCGCGUUUCCUCGGCCCUCUGAACACUGCUGUCCCCACGGCCGUAUCGGUCGCAAUCGUGCUAUACUGCUGGCCCGCCGUCGCACAUGAGCACAGUUCGUUAUACGCGUUCGCCGCAUUAUACGGCCUCGUAGCAAGCGCAAUCCAAUCGCUAUUCGCGGUGUCGCUGGCGGCAUUGACAGACGACCUCAGCCAGCUCGGGACGAGGAUGGGGAUGGUAUUCAGCGUGGUAGCGUUCGCGUGUCUGACGGGGAGCCCGAUCGCGGGCGCGAUCGUGCAGGCCAGCGGAGGCAGUUAUCUGGGGGCGCAGAUAUGGGCUGCUACCAGCAUGCUUCUAGGAGCGGGGUUUCUCGCUGCUGCGAGGGUGAGUCGGACGGGUUGGGUGCUUAGGAAGAAGGUGUAAGAUAAUGUUUCGGAGAGCCUCUUCCGAGAUGUUACCGUUUUGUUUGUGUCGGCAUUGAGUUACGCUUGCAGGCUUGAUAGGCAGGUAGAUAGCACCCCCACGUUUCGAACAGGGUCUCGGUGCUAGGCACUUUGAGCUUAAUUUUUAAGCUUAAAAUUGGCUAUUUGUAGAGGAAUAGAGUUAAGAACAAUAAGAGGUGAAUACAUAUGUUACAGGAUAUUCUAUAAGCAUCUACUAGAUAAAUAGUUUAGCAAAUGUGAUGAAGAAC